GAGAAUGUGGAUGUAGCUCGCCUCUGUUUGCCUUUAAAAGAGCAAGUACAUGUUCUUGUUCCACACGCUCUCGGCUCGCUGCCAACUGCCCUCAAAAGCAUCGCCCUGUUUAGUGAUAAAUCACGCCCCACCGUGUCAUGGUGGACGUCGAUCGUCGAAUGUGCGCCGUCGGCCCGGCCCACGCCGCUGGCCUUCGCCGCCUCUCUGCUCGCGCCGCCACUGCCCACGCGGCUUCAUCCACGACCCACCGCCUUGGCGUCCUCUCGCUCCGCCCCCUCGCUGAGAACGUCCUCUCCCACCUCCUCGCCGCAUCCGUCCCGCUCUGCCCGGGACUCUCCGAGCCGGAGCUCGCCCGCCUCGAGGCCGACCUCGCCUUCUGCUUCCCCCCGGACCUCCGCGCCCUCCUCGCGCUCGCGCUCCCCUCUGGCCCCGGAUUUCCUGACUGGCGCGGCGCCCCCGGUUCCGGUCUCCUGCUUCGCCUCCCUCGCGCCGCGGCCGCUCUCCAGGUCGCCCGCGGCUCCUUGUGGCCGCACUCAUGGGGCUCCCGCCCUGUCGACCCUGCGCGGGCCCUCCGCCGGGCUCGUGCCGCUCUGCGCCGCGCGCCGUUACUGGUACCGCUCUUCGGCCGCUGCUACCUCCCCUGUUUCCCUUGUCUCGCCGGGAACCCUGUUUUCUACGUCGACGACUCCCGUAUCUUCUGCUGCGCCCUCGACAUCGCCGAUUUCUUCCAGCGCCAUUCCGCAUUUUCUCCGCACCCGAGUUUCACUCCCCCUUUCCCCAGCCUCGAAGCCGCUCGAUGGAUCGAGUUCUGGAGCGACGCCGCUUCCGAUCGCCGCCACCGUAACUCCUCUUCUUCGUCGUCGUCCGCUUCCUCUCCUUCUUACACUUCGUCGCCGCCUCCAGAUCCGGAUCGGUUCGUGGAGAUCCGGACUCCAAGGCUGCCGGACUGGGUCGGGGGCUACUUGGACGGCAUCGGCUCUGUCUUGAGGCAAGGCGGCUGGGGCGAAUCGGACGUCCAGGAGAUGGUCCACGUACCUGUCUCCAUCGUCUUCGACGGCGGCGACGAGCGCGACGCUACGGCUGGAAUAUUGGUCGACCCCGAGGCGGCGCUCGACGCACUGCUCGUGAAGGCGAGCCGCUGCUCAGAUUCACUCCACCAGGCGGGAUGGUGCCCCGACGACGUCUACGACGCGCUGGGAAUCGAGCCCCACCGGCGAAGGGGGAGGGAGGAACAGUCGGCGGUGAAGCUACCGCCUGCCAUGGCGCUCAGGGUGGCGAAGCUCGCGCAGGCAGUGGCCCGAUCCUAAGUGGCGGUGUCCGGAUUCAAAUUUGUGUCCUUUUCAUUUAUGUUUUUCUCUUUUGUUUUCUAAUUUAUUACAAAACUUAGACAGCGUCUAAAAUCUAAAGAAAAUGGGAAGGAGCAAGCAAGAGGCACAUUGUGAUAAAUAUACAUGCAUUAUCAAUCUCUGUGAUUAUUAUCGCAA